UGCUGUUGUAAUCAGCCAUUGAAUUCUGGUCGUGUGGUGGAGAAGAGGAGUAGUUCAACCCAAACCAGGGUCACCUUUGCCCCUUCUUUCCCCUUUUCUUCAAUUGUUUACCUCCGACACUCAUUCUGGUGCUUUUAGUCGGUGUUGGACAGCUGGUGUGUCCACCUCGGCCGCUUUCCGCCCAGAUACAGGCCGACAGAUGACAGUGACAGGGUGGGUGUCGGUAGCUGCUCAGUGAUAAGAGAUCAACUCCACUGAUGCGGGUUAAAGGCGGCUGUCAGGCGCAGAUAAACCGGACUGUAACGGUCCAAACACGACCAUGAAGCGGCGACAAGCGUUGGAACUGCUCGGCGAUGGAUACGGAGCUUUGACCGACGACCGGAACGACAAGAGCGGACUAAAGAGAAAACACCGCGACGCUGGACUUCACUGAAUCUGAGGCAAAAAUACACUUUUAUUUAACGUUUAGUAGCAAAAAAAACAAAACAAAAACAAAACUAGUCCCCAACUGGUACAAUGCGGCUUUUAAUUCGCAUGACAAGGUGCACACACGGGGUGAAACACAUCCGGCCGAGGCUGCUGUGGCUGGGGCACCGCCUGACCCUGUCGGCGGCCCUCCGGGGGAAGAGACCGUCGCUCCCCGGCCCCUCCACACCCACCUGCCCCUUCUCCACCUCCUCAUCACCCAGACCCGGGGUGUCGGUGCUGACCCGGAGCCCGCUCAGAGGCUUCUGUCUCCUCCAUCCUCCCACCUCCACAGGCCGAGGUCCACGGACACUCACACACUCACCUGUUGCCUUCGCCAGCUCCUCAUCCACCUCCACACCAGCCGGGUCCGUGAAGGAGGACACGGAGGACGGACAGACCCCGACCACCGUCCCCCUGGAGGAUGUGAAGCGGAUUUUACGGCUGGCUCAUCCAGAGAGAUGGAAACUAGCAGCUGCUGUUGGCUUCCUGUCCGUCUCCAGUGCAGUAACCAUGUCUGCCCCGUUCCUCCUGGGUCAAGUGAUUGACACCAUUUACACAACUGGAACCGACACAGAGACGAUGACCGCCUCUCUCACGUCGCUGUGCAUUAUGCUCACUGGAGUGUUUCUGUGUGGCGGAGCUGCUAAUGCUGCCAGAGUGUACCUCAUGCAAACCUCAGGCCAGCAGAUUGUUCGUAAUCUCCGUGCGUCCAUCUUUUCCUCCAUCCUCAAACAGGAAGUGGCUUUUUUUGACAGGAAUAAGACCGGUGAACUCAUCAACCGACUCUCUGCUGACACGGCCGUGGUGGGUCGUUCAAUCACAGACAACCUAUCAGACGGGCUGAGAGCCGUCGCUCAGGCAGCUGCUGGUGUCAGUAUGAUGUUUUACGUGUCACCCAGUCUAGCAAGCUUUGUGCUGCUGAUUGUUCCUCCUAUGGCAGGACUCGCUGUCGUCUACGGCCGAUACCUUCGCUCCAUAUCCAAACAAACACAGGAUGCACUAGCACAGGCCACACAGUUGGCAGAGGAGCGCAUCAGCAACAUGCGAACAGUGCGAGCGUUUGGUAAAGAGCUGUCAGAGGUAAACACAUACAUACAGAAAACAGACCACGUCCUGGAUCUGGCCAAGAAGGAGGCAGUGCUGAGAGCGGGCUUCUUUGGCGUGACUGGUCUCAGUGGAAACCUCAUGAUCCUGUCGGUGCUGUACAAAGGAGGUCUUCUAAUGGCCAGUCAGCACAUGACUGUAGGAGAGCUGUCAUCAUUCCUCAUGUACACCUUCUGGGUGGGCAUCAGUAUUGCAGGUCUGAGUUCAUUCUAUUCGGAGCUCAUGAAGGGUUUUGGAGCAGGAUCCAGACUGUGGGAGCUGCUGGACAGAAAACCUGAGCUGCCGCUAAGUGAGGGCCUCAUCCUUCCUGUGGACCAGCUGAAGGGCCGACUAGAGUUCUGCGAUGUUUCCUUUGCCUAUCCAACCCGUAAGGAGGCUCCUAUUUUCCAGAACCUGAGUCUGCUGGUCCCAGCUGGUUCCAUCAUGGCCGUUGUGGGACCCAGUGGAUCAGGGAAGUCCACCCUGGUGUCUCUGCUGCUCAGACUGUACGAUCCUGAUACUGGAGUCAUCACCAUUGAUGGACAUGACAUCAGGGACCUGAAUCCAUACUGGCUCCGGGGUCUCAUAGGAACUGUCAACCAGGAGCCAGUGCUGUUUUCAUGCUCUAUUAGAGACAACAUAGCAUACGGUGCAGUGGAUCCGGACGCUGUGACCACAGAGGACAUCCACCAAGCCGCCCGAGACGCCAACGCCUACGGCUUCAUCCAGACUUUUCCUAAAGGAUUUGACACUGUGGUCGGGGAGAAAGGAGUGCUGCUGUCAGGUGGACAGAAGCAGAGGAUAGCCAUCGCCAGAGCUCUGCUGAAGAACCCCAAAAUCCUGCUUUUAGAUGAGGCCACCAGUGCAUUGGAUGCAGAGAAUGAGUUCUUGGUUCAGGAGGCCUUGGAGCGUCUGAUGGAAGGGAGGACAGUCCUGAUCAUCGCUCACCGUCUUUCCACCAUCCAGAAUGCGAACGCCGUGGCUGUUCUGGACCAGCGACACAUAGCUGAGUGUGGUCAACACACUGAGCUGCUGGGAAACAGAGAAGGACUGUUCAGAAGGCUGAUGGAGAAACAGGCCUUUCUCCAUGAAGAGCAAAAACGAGCUCUGCGCUGAGAGCCCAGGGAAUAAAUGCAAUCUGAUUAGAAGAGGGGGAAACCAGGACAUGACUUCAAUAGAAAAAAAAAGGGGGAUAAAAAUACCUCCUGUGCCUAGACGACAAAGUCAGAAACAAAAACUAUGCCCAAAAUGGCAAGAGAUGAGGAAAAGAUGGCAAACAAAGUGGGAAACAUAAAAGGAUUUUCUUCAGUGCUGAAAUUUCCCUUUCCAUCUCAGCUAUAAACUGUACACGAUAAGCUGUUUUGAGAGGAAACCAACAGCAUAGAACAUGGUGAAUACCUGGAAGACACCUCAGUAAAUACCUAAAGAAGCUUUAUUUUGAUAAAUAUGUUAUUCUUUACUUUACUGAGUGAGAGGCUGGAUGUUAAAGGGCAGAGACUCUCCUCCCAGUUCAAACUCAUGGCCAAGUGACUAUCGUUGCCAUUUUUUUAAGGAAAAGCUAACAUACUGUUCAAAAUCCUUGACUAUCAUUAGUAGGUAUUUUCCUGACUAAACCAAAAUCAUUGAAUUAUGACGUAUAAAAUAUUGAUUAUAUGUAUUUGUGUGGGAUUUUUCAACUUAAAGCCUACAUGUGAAGUCUAUAAAAUCAAGCAGCUGUUUGUCAUUUACACUGUUUGAUAAACUGCACACUAUUUACUGAUAUCUGUGGAAAAAGGACACAGAUUGUUAUCUACACUGUCUGAUGGAAAAUAAUACAAGUUCAGAAGGUCAGAGCUGAGGUGCUGCACAUCUGACGUUGUUGGGAUGUGUUCUUAAUGAUUCAUGGUUAGUUCAGCGUCGAUUCUUUUUAUGACAAGUUUUCUACUCUUGCAAGAAAAAGGGAAUGGUAUCGGCUUAAAAUGUCAGAAUAUUUUAGCUGCCAUUUUAACCCAUCAUCUCAAAAGGUAUACAUUACAUCCAAGUUUUGAUUUUUAUCCGCAAACUGUUUAUCUCUUCAUGACAGAUGGAUUCAGUAUGAAAGCUCCACAUCCUCAGUGUUGCUCUGUGGGCUAAACACUCAUCAGUAAAUAUUUGGCCUUUAGAAACUCACUUACCCACUUAAAACUGGGCUGUUUUUUUAUUUUUCCUUUUUGACCAUACAUGCCUGUUGUUGGCGCUCUUCCUAAAAGCACUGCAUUUGUUUAAGAUAAAUCCUCAACAACAGUAUCUGUGGCUUAAUUUCCUGGAUUUUUCUCAGAAAGGACAAGAUCUUAGACAUCAGAUGUGAGUUCUGCUGCUGUUAACACAUUUAUUUUUGGUAAUAAUUAAGCAAAUGAUUUCACUUUUUUGCUGCAGCAACAGGCCUAAUGAAGAACAUGCUGAAGUUUUCCAUGGUGGCUGAUUAGAGCCUGUAAUGAGACACGGUGAACAACAAAAAUCACUGCAUAUUUAAAUCGGUUUGUUUUCAUACAAACACUGACGUUAUUUUUAAAACACUGAUUUCACUGAUUUGUUACAGACUUUAAAAUGACAUAUAACCACUAAGGUUUUCCCUGAAUAUUUAAUUUUAUAUUAUGAAGAGUGCAAAUGUGUGCAUGCCAAGCAGGACAUUUUAUUGUUGUUCUUGUCUGUCUUUGAUGGAAAUUGAAAACUUGAAAUAUACUACUUGAAGUCAGUGAUGAACAUAGGGGAUGAAGUUGAUUAUAUUUUAACAGGGCACGAAUGAAUCUGUCAUUGAGCUGUUGAGCAUUUGUAUUGUUUUAAUGUUGUACCAUAGUUUCACCUUCUGGUUCUAUAUACAUGUAUAAAUGUAUAUGUAGAGGGUACAUAUUUAUUUAUUAAAGAUAUGUUAACAAAUGUA